AUGUCCAGUUUUCAGAUAACACAAGUGGAUGCAAUACUCAUAUUUGACCAUAAUGGUGAAAAAAUCGCAGCCAAAUAUUAUAUUUUACACGGAACUAACCAGGCCGCAAUACCUCCGGAAAAGCAAGGCGCCUUUGAAAAAUCUUUACUUAAUCAAAUGAGUCAGGUUAAAGACUCUGGGGUGUUUGAUGGAUGUAUACUAGUGGAGAAUCAUACUGUGGUAUAUCACAUUGUUAAUGAUAUUUAUAUCACUGUUGUUGGUCAACUAUUUGAGAAUGAACUCAUCCUUUCGCAAAUGUGCAAUACAAUAAAGCAAUCCCUAGUAGGAAUUACUCAUGAUGAUAUAUCUAAAGAGGUUCUGUAUGAGAAGUUAGCUUCUGUGUUUCUUUUAUUGGAUGAUGCCGUUGAUGGAGGCAUAAUUAUGGAAACCGAUCCAAAUGUUAUAGUAAAAAGACUAAGACGCAAGGAUAGGGAUUCUAACGAAAAUAUUCCCUUCAAUCAGGCCAUUUACAAUGUGAGGAAUAAUGUCAUACGCACAUUACUAAAUUCAUAA